AUGCUCUAUUCACUGAGCCAAACCGGCUAGGAUGUCCAUUUCUGUUUGUAUUGAUCUUCUCAUAAAUUCAUCAACUUCAUUUAUGCAUCCAUCCUUUCAUCCAACCUUUUAACUAUCCCUCCAACUGACCUACCAUUUAUUCACCCACAGAUGUAUUUACCCAUUCAGUAUUAAGUCAUGCAUUCGUCUAUUCAUUCGACUUCCAAUCCACUCACCCACUCACUUAUUAGUCAAGUUAGUCACUCACCCAACACCUACCCAUUCACAUCCUGAAACCAGACCCUAUGACUGCGAUGGGGACACAGGCGUGACUCAGACCUGUUUCUUGCCCUCUAGGAAUUGAUAGUCAAUUGGGAGAGGGAAAUAACAAUACACACACACACACAGGAAAUUCUCAAAAUAGUGUGAUCAGUGCUGUGCUCACAGAAUGUUCCAGCUUCAGGUGGCCAGGGGGCCAGGAUGGAGAGGGCUGCAAUGGGCAGGAGGAAGAUUACAAGGUACCAGGGACAGGAUGAAGGUCCCGGGGCAAGCGCUUGCUCCAGCCAGGACCCCUCUUGUCUGCACAACUCCACUCUCUGACUACCUCCCUGCCACCCCACAGGCAGAGUUGAUCCACCUAGGAACCAAGACAAUGCCACAAGCAACAUGGUUACAGUCUUCGCUUAGCGGGCAGCGCUCCCACCAUGCCCAGCCCACCCCCAGUUACCAAGGCAAAGCAGGGACACCUCCUGCCUCCAGGAAGACCCUCCUGCAACAGCCUGACAAGGCCAAGGGGGCACCUCACCACAUCCCACGCCUCCGGGCUGUGGUCGAGAGCCAGGCCUUCAAGAACAUCCUGGUGGAUGAGAUGGACAUGAUGGAGUCUCGUGCAGCCACCCUCAUCCAAGCCAACUGGAGGGGCCACCAGCUCCGGAGGAAGCUGACCACCCACAUACUGGCGGCUAAAGGCGUCCACGCGGCCUGGCGGCGCUUCAAUACCAAACGCCGCCUCCGGUAUGGCAAGGCAGCGGAGAAAAAAUCGAAAGUGGACGAGGAGAACAUCCCUUACCACCCCCCUCAGCUGGUGCGGUUCCAGCAUGCAGAAGAAGACAGGUAUCUUCUGGCCCCACCUGUCAUGGUGAAUAAGGAGACCCAGUUCCCUUCUGAUGACAGCUUGGCUGCCUGUGCCCUCCAGCUGGCGCUGCUGCAGCCCCCAGGCGAACCACGGCCCGACGCGCAGGCUACUGGUGCCACCGGAGGCCCUACCGCCACUUUCCUGCCACACCAGACUUCCCUCAGACUUCCGUGUCCUGUGGGUCUGAAUGCAAAGUACCAUCCCUGUCUGCUGACCAGAACCGUCAGAAGUACCAGCCUUAGCCACUCAGAAGGGGACUGGACGAAGACCAAGAAAGUGACUGGCAGAGCCAGCAAGGCAGGAGCCCUCGGGCUACCCUGUGAAAGGAUUGCCCAGACGCUUCACGCCCCCCUCAAGACCCAGGCGCAGGCCCAGGUGGAAAUAGAGGUCCUCAGAGCCCCACCCCAGGCAGGCCAAGCAUCUUCGACGACCAAGACUCCACUCCAUUCGUGCUUGGCCUCCACAAUGCACAAACCCGCAGCCCAGCACUGCCCAAGGCCCAGGGUAACAAUAGCCAAGACCCCACCUCAGCUGGACUCAGCCGGCCCCGUGGCCAAGACCACAUUCCAGUCAUGCCUGGCAGCAAUCUUGAACAAGAUCCCAGCCCAGCCGCGCCCAAUAUCCACAACGGCAACGAAGACCCCGCCCCAGCCGAGCCCGGCAGCCCCGAUGACCAAGACCCCAGCUCAGAUGCGACCAACGGCCUUGAGACAACCGGCUGCCAUGACCUCAGUUAUCAAGCCCCCGGCACAGACCUGCCCGGUGCCUGUGAUGGCCAAGCCCCCGCUGCCCCUGAUGUGCCCAACAGUCCCGAUAGCCAAGUCCCUCCUGCAGACAUGUCCGGGGGCUGCGACAGCCAAGACCCCAUCUCAGACGCUCCCAGGAGACUCGACGCUCCCAGGAGACUCAGUGACCCAGACCCCUACCCAGACACGUCUGGCAGCCAUGAUCAUCAAGACGCCGGCCCAGUUACGCUCCGUGGCCACCGUCAUCAGGAACCUCUGCCUGUCUCCUCCUGCAGAUGGAAAUCUGGACGCUUCGCCUCCAGCAGCCGUGGGGGAUGGGAUUCCCAAUACCCCGUCGUCACAUACUGACCUGAACAGACUGAAGGCCAAGGCUGUGGUGACCGGGAGGCAGAUGGCAGGCUCGGGCCAAGUCUCGUCCCAUUCACACUUGGCUGAGGGAAAGGUGAAAUUCUGCCCCCCACCACAUCUGGGGGCUGGGGCUCCCAAGGCUCCAUCUAGGCCUUUUGAGGAAGCCGAGAAAAUCAAGGCCUUCUUCUCCCAGAAGCAGGUGAAAAUGACAGCCACGUCUAACACCAGCGUGGCCAAGGUCUUAUCGCAGGAACAGCUGAGAGCAGAUGUCCCGAAGGUUCGGUCCCAGGGCUGUGCGCCGGUAGAGAUGGCGGUGGUUCUCCCCCAAGCACAGCGGGGCCCGUGCCCAGCCAAGCCCCUGCUCCAAGCACAGAAGGCCACCUGUCCCACCACAGCCUCGCCCCAGAGACAUAUGCUGGCAAGGCAGAUGAGGCCCCCGCCCCAGGCAAACAUCGCCAGGUGUCUGUCCAAGCCCCCAUCCCAGGUACAUCCACCUGCCAAGCUAACCCCAGCCCCGACCCUGGCCCAUCCGGGCACAUGUCUGGCCAAGACGCAGUCCCCGGCACCUGUGACCACAGAAGUGAUAAAGGUCCAGUCUCAAGCACAUCCGCCUGCGAGGCUGACCAAGGCGCAUUCCCAAGCCCAGCUGGCCACAGAAACAGCCAAGUGCCUCUGUUCUGCCCGCCAGGCAGCCGAGCUCGGUAGCAAGACUCGGUCCCAGCCACUCCUGGCUGGGUUCAAGGCCUCCACCCAGCCCUGUCAACACGUCGGCUCUCUUUGCACUUUGUCCCGAGCAAAGCCAGAGGACAGAUUAACCCAGCUCCCAGCCCAUGGCUGUGCCCAGGACAAAGCCACCAAGAGCCCAUGCCAGGGGGCCUCCAAGACCCAGACCAUGCUGGUGCCUCGGCUGGUGUCCAUUGGACCUUCCACAUGCAACGUCGAGUCCUGGGGUGACAGCCGGGCCCCCCUGGCCCAGCCAUUGACCACAAGCCCAGCCGCGCCCUGCCAGGAGGAGCUGGGGGCCGCCCAGCUGGCCUCACUGUGUGCUGAGCUGGCCGCCACGCUGGGCUCCCAGGAGGACAUCCGUGCUCUGCUGGCGAAAGCUCUCCCCCGGGGGGAAGCAAGGGCGGCGCUGAACCAGGCCCUGCUGUCCAAAGAGGUCCUGGGCACCACAAUGGCCAAGGCCCUGCCCCCGGGCAUGCUGGGCACAGCACUGGUGAAGGCUCUGUCCUGGGGCGAGCUGGGCACGGCCCUGUCCCGUGCCCUUUCCCAGGGGGAGCUGCGGGCAGAACUCACGAAGGCCAUCCAGAACACGCUGGUGGAGGUGCUCAGCAAGGUCCUGACGGAGCAAGACCGGGCUGCUCUGAGCCAGGCGGUGUGCCAGGGGGAGCUGGGCACCGUCCUGAGCCAGUCCUUGUCUCAGGCGGCCCUCCAGACUGAACUCGUCCUCCCAAGGGCCGCCUCGAAAACAAUGGGAAGUGGGAUGACUGUGACGCCAGUCCCGGUGAAGGUGGACUCCAGGAGGAGCGGGCCAGCUGCAUGGGGGCCCACCAUGGGCCGUGUGAGGCCACAGCCCAGCAAGGUCUCCAUGGACCCCGCCAUGGCUGGCGGCCCAACAUGGAACGGCGCCAUCCCCAGCGCUGCCGUGGAGCCCGUGAAGGGGGGGGACAAGACCCCCUGCGGCGCCAGGAAGCCGCCCCGGUGCGACGAGCCGCGGGAUGCCAUGGGCCUGGAGGCGCUGGUGGACCCCCGGCGGCUGGGGUUGCUGGUGACGUCUGUGCGCACCAUGGAGAUGAUCAUCCUGCAGGCCGCCGUGGUCAUCCAGGCGUGCGCGCGCGGCUACCUGGUGCGCCGCACGAUCAGGGUGUGGCACCAGUGGGCGGCGGUCAUCCAGGCCGCCUGGCGCGGCUACUGCGCGCGCCGGGACCUGGCGCGGCUCCUCAAGGCGGCCAUCACCAUCCAGGCCUCGUGGCGAGGCCUGAGCGCCCGCCGGCACCGGAAGCGCCUGGCCCAGCUCGUGCCGCUCCUCCGCUCCAGGGCGGAAGUGAGCGUCAGGACCACGCCCACUUCCGGCCACCGCUGCUUCCAGGCCUGCCAGCCCCGCGCCUGCGCCUUCUGCCAGUCGCUGAGCACCAGGCUGGGCAGCGUGCCCAGCGCCGUGAUGCUCGUAGGUGCCAGCCCCCGCACGUGUCACACGUGCGGCUACACCCUGCCCACGAGGGUGGUGAAGGGCACGGGCCGGGGCACCGCGGACCAGGGGGCCGCGCGGUGGGGCCAGGACACCCAGCUGAGCACCCAGAGCGCUAGGCUGACCCCGAGCCAGAUGAAGGCGGCCACGCUCAUCCAGGCCAUCUGGAGGGGCUUCGUCGUGCGCCGCCGGCUGAUGAGGGAGCAGGUGGCCGCCAAGAUACUCCAGGCCACAUGGCGGGGCCACUACACGCGGUCCUCCCUCACCACGGACGCGCUUCUGAGGCCAGCGGCGCGGGACGGCCCACAGGACGCGCAGUGGCCAGGAGUCUAGCACCCUGACGGCCCGACGGGGGACAUCGGGGCGAUGCCAUGUGGCGCUCUCGGUCUAAUGAAUAAAGUGCUCCACAGCCUGGG